UUGUCUCUGUAACGGAUAGCAGACACGCAGACUUCUUCCUUCCAGCCAGAAAUCCCUCUAAGCCCGGCUUGUUCGGACGCCAGAGGUUAGAGCCACAGCCCUCGCCUGUAUUCACCCCUAAGUCUGUAAUCCUCCAGCUAUAAGACAGCACUCAAACAACUACUUCUUCGCCCCUCCUAGGCCACCCAACACUCACAACCCAUCCAAAACCAAAUUCCAGCGAAGAGGACCCUUCUACGGAAAAGUGUCUCUCUCUCUCGGUUGAUACGAAGGCGAGGUCCCAGGAGACAGGCCAGGCCUCCCUGUCGGCGCGAUCGCCACCUCCAGCCCGGCACUAGCUACCUAAGACUGCGCGAAGGAAAAGGGUACGGCGCGGGAGGCGACUGGGAGCGCGGGCAUGAAGUUGGAGGUGUACAUCCCCCGCGCGGCCCACGGGGACAAGCCAGGCAGUGACCUGGAGGGUACUGGCGGUAGCGACGCGCCGUCCCCGUUGUCUGCGACUGGCGACGACUCCCUAGGCUCUGACGGGGACUGCGCGGCCAAUAGCCCGGCGGCCGGCAGCGGCGCUGGGGAUCCGGCGGGCGGCGGCGACCAGCGGAGCGCCAGCGGCGGACCUGGCGCCCAAGACGUGGGCCCCGCGGCCGCAGGAGACAGAACGGAAGCUGGCGCGGCAGGGCGGUGCACCGGGAGCGUGGGGGGCGGCGAGGGCGCGCGCAGCAAGCCGUACACGCGGCGGCCCAAGCCACCUUACUCGUACAUAGCGCUCAUCGCCAUGGCCAUCCGCGACUCGGCGGGCGGACGCCUGACGCUGGCCGAGAUCAACGAGUACCUCAUGGGCAAGUUCCCCUUUUUCCGCGGCAGCUACACGGGCUGGCGCAACUCGGUGCGCCACAACCUCUCGCUCAAUGACUGCUUCGUCAAGGUGUUGCGGGACCCUUCGCGGCCCUGGGGCAAGGACAACUACUGGAUGCUCAAUCCCAACAGCGAGUACACCUUCGCCGACGGAGUCUUCCGCCGCCGCCGCAAGCGACUCAGUCACCGGGCUACAAUCCCUGCGCCGGGGCUGCGGCCCGAGGAGGCGUCUGCUCGCCCUGCCGCCGCGCCCCAGCCGCCUGCGCCCGCCGCCUCAGCCUCUCCGCACACACGCUCGCCCGCCCGUCCAGAGGGGCACGCCAGCCCCGCUGGCAAGUUCUCCAGCUCCUUCGCCAUCGACAGCAUCCUCAGCAAGCCCUUUCGCAGCCGCCGCGACAGGGACUUGGGUUUCGCGGUGCAGGGGAUGCAGCUGCCCUGGGGCGCUGCGCCUUGCCCGCCGCUGCCCGCGUACGCCGCGAUCCUCCCCGCGGCAGCCGGCGGGGCCCUGCUCCCGCUCUGUGCGUACGGCGCGGGAGAGUCGGCGCUGCAGGGCGCUCGGAGGCCCGAGGCGCAGCCCGCCGCCCCACCGCCUCCGCCGCACCUCUUGCUUGCGCCCCUCUCCGCCGCGGCCCCGGCCAAGUCGUUCCGAGGCCCCGGGGCUGGUGGCGGCGCGCACCUGUACUGCCCCCUGCGGCUGCCCGCCACCCUGCAGGCGGCUUCGGCCUGUGGUCCUGGCCCGCACCUGCCCUUCCCGGUGGAGACACUCCUGGCCUGAGCCAAGCUCGAGGCCCGCAGGGAUGGGCGCCGUUGGA